GGAGGGGACAGAAAAGUUUGCUGCAACGCAGUGAAAGAGCUCUGUCCUCAGCUGGUCAUCACAUAGCAGUGGUAGAUCCUUGGGGCAACAGAGGCUAAGAAGCUGCAUUAGACUAAAAUAUAUUUUUUACCUGUUACAUUCCCCCUCUAUAGAUAUCUGGUGGUCAGAAAAAGAGGAGUUGAGACUCCUGGGUGCCUUUAUUAGCUCUGCCGCUGAUUUGCUGGGGCACGUCAUGGGUUAACCUCUCUGUGCCAGUUUGGCUAUAACAAAGUCUUAUACCACCUCCCUCCACAGGGCUGUUGUGAUGCUUAAUUAAUUCUUGUGACUCCCUUUGAGAGACUCAGAUGAAAGGUGAAUAGAUGUUCAAAGUUUUAUUUAUUUUAUUUUAUUUUAUUAUCCUCCAAAGCCAAAACCAUCUCCUGCGGAUGGUUUCAGCUCUCCCAUGCAAUGUAUGACUUAAUGCUCAUAUUGAUAAACAGCUGUGGAACCAAGGAAUGUGUGUGUACCAUGGGGCAGUGGUCAUCUUUAAUUGCACUGCCUAUCAUCUGAGGAUUUCAAGGCCCUUGACAAAGAUGGGUGCAUAUUAUAUCACUUGACAGAUGUGGAAACUGAGGCACACAAAGAGGCCUUGUGGCUUGAAGGGCAAUCCAGCAAUACUGUCAGUAUUGCUCCCCUCACUAUUUGGAGGGGUCAGAGUUGCAAAGGCAUCCCCUCCAAAAGACUCAGCCUGGCCUACAGGGCUGCAGAGAAAUGUCUCUGGAGACCCCCCCCCCCAAUUCCUUUCCAAGCAGUGCCAGAUUAAGCACAGAUCCAUUGAGCUGUAGAUCCAAAUUUUACAUGGCAAAGGUUCUAGUCCCAAUGGCCUUUAGAUCUACUGAGGUGUGGCUGCCACCCACACAAAGGCACGGGGGGGACAGCUUGGUUGGGGGCUGGCCCCAGCUGUCCUCUGCUAUCCUGUGUAUAUUGCAUUAAGGAGCUUGAUCUGAGCCCCUAUGCAGAUGUGGCCUGAAGCAAGAGUAGGGAGCUCGCUGUUGACAUCUGUCGGUGAACAGGGAGAAGAGCAGCCCAGAGCUGCAUGAGAGCUCCAGUUGGAGAGGGGCUCUGUAAGGCAGGGAGCUCUCUGCUGGCUUCUAUUGGUGAGCAAGGGGAAAUGACCGAAUGGGCCAGGCCUCGUUUGCAUUUCAGUUAUGUAACAGUUUGGUGCAUUUUGGUUAAGUUUUGAGUUUGGGGGCAGUAAAAUGCUAUUUUCUGUGGUGGGAAAUGAAGGGACAAGAGAACUGCAUCAAAUAUGCCUAGAGUGAGAAGUCCCCCUAACCACACUUGUGUCCUUGCAUAGCUGAGUAGCAGUUAUUGGAUAAAGUAUAAGUAAGUAAUUUGAAUGGAUAAACUGGCUUCUGUUGAGACGCUCUUCCCGGUGGUAGGGGCUUUGACUCUUCUCUGAAGACUUCUUACAGAGGUAGCUUAAAGACAGUGGUUCGCUUUGAGGUAGUGGACAGAGGUAAACGGAGGUGCUUCCCGGCAGUGAAGGGAGCUGAGGUGGCUUGGGCUGAAGCCACAGAGAGCUGCAGCUUACCUGAGGGACUCCGGUGCAGGUAUCUCUACCUAGCAAUCAAAGCUGAAAUUGCUUCUGCUGGGUCAGGUGGUAAAAGAUGUUUCUCCCUCCCCCUGGCAACCCAGGCAGCACUUCACUUAGAGGCUGAUGACUGAACUGGGCACCUCCAACCCUGGACACCAAACUGCAAGUAGGGGGGCUGGGACGAGAGAAAUGGCCAGAGUGCGUUAGGAAACCUGAGUUUGGAACUAACUACUGCUAAGACACCUUGGGGCAGGGGGAAGCGUCUUACCUAAUACAGUCCAUUUAUUAACUGCUGGCUUUCCCAAGGUCAUUCUGUUGCCCCUCUUUCCUCUCUGCCCGCUGCCCCAUAAAGGUCUUUGUUUUAAACCCCUGAACUCUCCAUCCCACUCAAAGCUAUGCAGCAUCAGUUGGUCUCCUAGUAACAUGCCUGUUAUCUAUAACCACCUCAUCACACCUCUCCCUAAUAAACCAGUCGCGUCCUAUUCCCUGAGCCUGUCAGUUUUCCCAUACUCCAUGCUUCCCUUUGAAUCUCGUGCCUUACAGUCUCUCUGGUCACACCUUGCUCAGCUACAGAUGCUAACUGCAUUUUAAUCUUCUGUGCUGAUUUGAGUUUGCAGGUGUCGCCUGACAGCUGCUGAGAAUCAGGGUUCUGUGAUUCUGUGCAAUGUAGUACAAACAUGCUACAAUGAGGCCAGACUCAGUGUGGUGGGUGGUAGAGAAGGGGGAAAUCAUUAGCAAUCCGGCAUCUCUCUUAGUCCAAAGGCAGGUGCUGCUACACCUACAGCCCAGAGGCUAGCGGGUUGGUGGAGCAGUUACUGCAGGAGUUUAGAAAAGGUGGCUGGGUGUUGGGAAUAUAGGACUAGUGAUAUUUGAAGGCAAUUAACACCGAGGUGUGACAGGAAUUAUUUAGGGCAGCACAAGGGGGGGACAAGGGGGCCAAUUAUGAGCCAUGGGGUUGAAACUAUGCAAGGGAAAAGAACUGGACAAACUCCCUGACAGUGUCCCAAGGAAGCCCUAUCUCUUGAGAUUUCAAACCCAGACUGCACAACAGCCUGCAGGGAUCGAUCAUGCCCUGGUAGGGAGAGGGGAUGGGGUGAUCUUUUUCAGCUCUAAUUCCUCCAUUAAAUCAGAUGGACGAACAUGGUGAAAAACUACAUUUCCCAGUCUCCCCUGCAGCCCCGGGGAUAUAAGCAAUUGGAAGAUUUAAAUAGACCAGGCCUGAAGCAACCAACCUUUGGCAUAUAGAAUUCCCCUCCUCUUCUCUGUAUCCAUUGGCUGUUUAACCUUUUUUCUGGUGUUGGACUGGCUGCCCAGCCUGGCAUUAAUUUUUCUUCCAAGCUUGGUAGGCCCAUGAAGUAAACAGCCAUGUGCAUUCCUUGCUCUAUAUUUAACAGCUGCAGUCUGUGCUGGGGGAGAUUGCAGGUUUCAUCUAGGGAGACUCCACAAUGCCAGCAUCCCAAAGCCGGGCCAGAGCCAGAGAGCGGAACAAUGUCCUGAACAGGGCUGAGUUCCUCUCGUUGAACCAGCCCAUGAAAGGGAACCAGGAGACCAGGAGCUCCAGCAGGAAGCAGGGCAGCCAGUCUGGUCUGGCUCCCAUCCAAAACGAGGGCACCAAGGAGCGACGGCAAUCGCAGCAGCUUCCCGAGGAGGACUGCAUGCAGCUGAACCCCUCCUUCAAGGGAAUUGCCUUCAACUCCCUGCUGGCCAUCGAUAUCUGCAUGUCCAAGAGGCUGGGGGUCUGUGCCAGCAGCGCCUCGUCCUGGGGCAGCGCCCGCUCCAUGAUCACACUCAUCGGCAUCACAGGGCAUGGCGUACCCUGGAUCGGGGGCACACUCAUCUGCCUGGUGAAGAGCAGCACGCUGGCGGGACAGGAGGUCCUCAUGAACCUGCUGCUAGCCUUACUCCUGGACGUCAUGAUUGUGGCAGGAUUGCAGAAGCUGGCCAAGCGACGAGGCCCAUACGAUGUCCACCCCGGCCUCUUGGACUAUCUGACCAUGGACAUCUAUGCUUUCCCAGCCGGCCACGCCAGCCGAGCUGCCAUGGUGUCCAAAUUCUUCCUCAACCACCUGGUUUUGGCCAUCCCACUCCGGAUCCUGCUGGUCCUCUGGGCCUUCUGCGUGGGGCUUUCCCGCAUCAUGAUUGGACGGCACCAUAUCACAGAUGUCCUGUCCGGCUUUGUCUUUGGCUACUUGCAGUUCAGGCUGGUGGAGUUGUUGUGGAUGUCUUCCAACACGUGUCAGAUGAUAAUAUCAAUCUGGUGAACACAAGAAUCCCUGACGGAAACUAGCAGACACUUUAAGAUUCUUUCUCUCAUUUUUUUAAAUAUAAUUCUUCAUAUUUAUUGGGAAAAAAUUAACUUCCAUAAGUAGUAGUAGUCUUUUUACUGUUGCUCCCCUGCCUGAAAAAAAAAAUGUUUCUUGCAGAUGGUUAGGCUUUAACAAUCAAGGGCCAGCCAUCACAGUAAUUUGGCCACUUUUUAAAAUCCCAUUUGGAUGGUAACCAAACUAAGAUAACAAAAUGAGUUCUCUUUGGAUGGUGCACAUCUGAUGCCCAGGUGUGUUCUCAGGAAAACCUGUUAUCCCUUUGGGAUGCGUUAAUUAGCUUCUUGGAGGCAAAACGUUUUGGGGCGAAGUUCUACAGCGCUUUUUCUGUCUGCCAGCCCAACGAUUGUGUCUUGUACAGGGCCGGGCACACUGCCGGCACCUCACAGAUAAUAAAUAAUCAUAAAAGUUCUGCCAUGUUUGUUUCUUAUCAUAUAUUGGGGGACUCUCCCAAGGGAAAGUGGUGGAAAACCCAUCAAUUGGGACUUUUAAAU